AUUGCUAAGUACUCGGCAGAUCCACACAGCAAAGUUAGGAUGGCAAGGAAGGAAAAGGAGAAUGGAGUAGCUGCCAUGGCUGUCUGCUAUCAGGGAUUUGAUCCUGCAGCAUAUCUACAGUACAACUACACUGCACCUCGUGCUGACUUUGGGAGAAAUGACAGCAUAGUGCCAUGGAAACUGGCGUGUCUGCACCGAGCGUUCACUGAAGGAGAUGUGAGUGGUGAGCUGCUGGUGGACAUAGGGUCGGGUCCUACCCUGUACCAGGUGCUGAGUGGCUGUGAGGUUUUCAAAAAGGUGCUCCUCACAGACUUCCUGGAGGUCAACAGGCAGGAGCUGAGGCGCUGGGUCCAGGAUGAGAAAGGCUGCAACCUGGACUGGACACCGUAUCUCCAGCACGUGUGCAAGCUGGAGGGACGACGGCCCUCAGCAUGGACAGAGAAAGCUGCAAAGCUACGCGAGGUCAUCACAGACAUCGUCCCAGUUGAUGUGCACCGUCCCCAUCCUCUGGCCCCCGACGCUCUGCCUUCAGCAGGGGCCGACUGUCUUGUGUCCUGCUUCUGUCUCGAGAGCGUCAGCCCGGACCUUGCUGCUUUCACCAGGGCCUUGGGUCACAUUGGGGGGCUCCUGCGGCCCCGAGGCCACCUCCUGCUCAUUGGGGCUCUGGGUGAGAGUUACUAUUUCGGGGGUCCAGGUGUGAAAAUCCCUGUGGUUCCACUGAAUGAGGCCCAGGUUUGUGAUAGUUUGAAGCAAAGUGGCUUCACUCUUAUACGGCUUGAGGUUUACACACUGUCUCAGGACAUGAGGGUCGGAGUCGAUGAUGUGACCGGGGUAUUUUUUGCAAAGGCUAGAAAGGACUAAAGAUUAAAAGUAAGAGAUAAGGCAAAAUAUAUGAUAGUUAGAGGGUAUAAAUGAAUACAUUAUAGUAAAAUAUUUUAGAUUUAACUGAAGUAAUAUGCACAGCAAACUAUGAAUUAUUUAUAAGAGUAAUUUUGCAUUAUUCUAUUCCAUUCGAUGUUGCAGUUAAUGUCUUCUUUAAUGGUGCGUAAGGAUCAUGUGACAUGACACCCCAUUUCUUUUUCUGAGCGAAGCGGCAAUUAGUGGCAGAAACAUGAUCAAACAUCGCCUCCUGGAGUUGAAACACUGCAAAUACAGCAUGAAGAAAAUGUCACGCUUCAAUUGAGUUCUGAGCAAAAUAUGCACAGCACCUUACAGCAAACUUAUUUUUACACAAUUAAAGCUUUAGAAUCAUUACGCGGGUCACAGUUAUGUUUCAGAUCCCCCUGUGUUUAGUGUGUAAAAUAUCACAGCAUUGCCCGCCAUUAAACCACAGAAGCCACAACAUCAAGAACGCAGCGCCUUAAUAUUCUCCCCCCAUAAGGGAUUUAUAAAUGCCAUAUUAUAUAUUUAUUUUACACUCAACUGUUGCUCAGUGUAAUGAAAUACCUGCUGUGUGACAUCUGGUCAUGUGAAUA